GCGGGCUCUGCCUCCGGCUCUGAGUGAGCACCCAGGCGGCCAGAUCCGGAGAAGCUGUCUGCAGGGCGGAGCUACAGAGACGGCGAGGAUGCUGACUGUCCCGGAGAUGGGCCUGCAAGGGCUGUAUAUCAGCUCUAGCCCAGAGAGAUCCCCAGUGCCCAGCCCACCCGGCUCCCCAAGGACACAGGAAAGCUGCGGCAUCGCCCCCCUCACACCCUCACAGUCUCCAAAGCCAGAGGCCCGAGUUCCACAGCAGGCUUCCUUCUCUGUGGUUGUAGCCAUCGACUUUGGGACCACGUCCAGUGGCUAUGCCUUCAGCUUUGCUAGUGACCCUGAGGCCAUCCACAUGAUGAGGAGGUGGGAGGGAGGAGACCCAGGCGUGGCCCACCAGAAGACCCCCACUUGCCUGCUGCUGACCCCAGAGGGCAUCUUUCACAGUUUCGGCUACACUGCACGUGACUACUACCACGACCUAGACCCUGAGGAGGCUCGGGACUGGCUCUACUUUGAGAAGUUCAAGAUGAAGAUCCACAGUGCCACUGAUCUUACCUUGAAGACCCAGCUGGAGGCGGUAAAUGGCAAGAAGAUGCUGGCUCUGGAGGUGUUUGCCCAUGCCCUCCGCUUCUUCAAGGAGCACGCCCUUCAGGAGCUGAGAGAACAGAGCCAGUGUAUGCUUGAGAACACCGUGCGCUGGGUGCUGACAGUGCCUGCCAUCUGGAAACAGCCGGCUAAGCAGUUCAUGAGGGAGGCCGCCUACCUGGCUGGCCUAGUGUCUCGAGAGGAUGCAGAAAAACUACUCAUUGCCCUGGAGCCCGAGGCUGCCUCUGUCUACUGUAGAAAACUUCGCCUGCACCAGCUCAUGGACCUGAGUAGCCGGACUGCAGGUGGUGGGCGCCUGGGUGAGCGCCGGUCCAUUGACUCCAGCUUUCGACAUGCCCGGGAGCAGCUGCGCAGGUCUCGCCACAGCCGAACGUUCCUGGUGGAGUCUGGCGUGGGGGAACUGUGGGCAGAGAUGCAAGAAGGAGACCGCUACAUGGUGGCAGACUGCGGGGGUGGCACUGUGGACCUGACCGUGCACCAGCUGGAGCAGCCUCAUGGCACCCUAAAGGAGCUCUACAAGGCUUCUGGCGGCCCUUACGGUGCGGUAGGGGUGGACUUGGCCUUUGAGCAGCUGCUCUGCCGAAUAUUCGGGGAGGACUUCAUCGCCAAAUUCAAAAGGCAGCGGCCGGCAGCUUGGGUGGAUCUGACCAUUGCCUUCGAGGCCCGCAAACGCACAGCAGCCCCGCACCGUGCCGGGGCGCUCAACAUCUCGCUUCCCUUCUCUUUCAUUGACUUCUACCGCAAACAGCGAGGCCACAGUGUGGAGACAGCCCUGCGCAGGAGCAGCGUGAACUUUGUGAAGUGGUCCUCCCAGGGGAUGCUCCGGAUGUCCUGUGAAGCUAUGAAUGAGCUGUUUCAGCCCACGGUCAGCGGGAUCAUCCAACACAUAGAGAUGCUGCUCGCCAAGCCUGAGGUGCAGGGUGUGAAGUUGCUCUUCCUGGUGGGAGGCUUUGCGGAGUCCGCGGUGCUGCAGCACGCGGUGCAGGCAGCGCUGGGCUCCCGGGGCCUGCGCGUCGUGGUCCCUCACGACGUGGGCCUCACCAUCCUCAAAGGAGCAGUGCUCUUUGGCCAGGCACCGGGCGUGGUGCGGGUGCGCCGCUCCCCUCUCACGUACGGCGUGGGCGUGCUCAACCGUUUUGUGCCCGGCCACCACCCUCCGGAGAAAUUGCUGGUUCGCGAUGGGCGCCGCUGGUGCACAGAUGUCUUUGAGCGCUUCGUAGCCGCAGAGCAGUCGGUGGCCCUGGGAGAGGAGGUGCGGCGCAGCUACUGCCCUGCCCGGCCCGGCCAGCGGCGUGUGCUCAUCAAUCUGUACUGCUGCGCUGCCGAGGACGCGCGCUUCAUCACUGACCCCGGUGUUCGCAAGUGUGGGGCCCUCAGCCUGGAGCUCGAGCCUGAAGGCUGCGCGGAAAACGCAGGCACGUCCCCCAGCCGCCGCGAGAUCCGUGCUGCCAUGCAGUUCGGAGAUACCGAGAUCAAGGUCACUGCUGUGGAUGUCAGCACCAAUCGCUCUGUGCGGGCAGCCAUCGACUUUCUUUCCAACUGAGGACGCACCUCUCGGCGGGGACGCAGAACAUGCUCGUUUUCACAGCAGAGCCCCUUUCUCCCUACCCUGAGGGAAAUGUGGCGAGGACGCAUGGAGACUCGCUUUGGGGUUGUGCCUUGGUCUGCUGAGCGGAACACUGAAAGGUUCCCUUACCCCAAGAGGCGAGGUGCUAUAAGAAGUUUGCUAAGUGAGCCUGGCUUGUGUGUGACCGUGAAGAUAGACUGCAACAGAGGACUAAACACUGGCCUGAACUUCAGCAUUGAGGGGAAGGGUCAGCAGAGCUGCGGAGCCGCGGGAGGUGCAGAACCUGGGCCUGAAUGUUUAAGUUCAUGAACUGCUGAGCUCAAGCCACAGCAAGUCAGAGAUCAAUCUCAUGCAGGGUUGGGGUUUGAGCCCAUGCUAGAGAGACAGAUGUGAUAGAGCCUUCCUAGAUGUGUGACUGUUAAUGGCAGAGCAGCGGCUGACAGGUGAGGAGGGUACAUUGUCACAGAAGGCAAUUUGGAGGAGAGGUAGACAAAAGACCCACAGGAAGGCUAUAAAUGGCAUUUGCCCCCAACCCAGCCACAGGACAGAGUUCACUGAAGUGAAGGGUAGGGGUGUCACAGCUCUGCCACAUAUCAGUAUAGUAUACCAUUAGGAAAUCUGAUAAACCAUGGGCCUCAGUUUCUCCUAGUGUGAAGCAGUCAAGGCACUUCCCACCAACCAUGGCACAGGACAGCUUUCCCUGAGAACUUCCUAAGGUGAAAAUAAAGCAUGUGAGGUGAAGAAUAGAACAGCCAGAGCGGGGACCCCGGAAGUGGGAACAGUAUAUGAGGCACAAGUACUAGAGAGAAGGGAAGCAGUUUUCAGCCGCACAGAUGAAAGGGACUUGGAGCCCCUGAAGAGUGCUCAAUGUCCUAGGCACCUCCCACAGUCCCCAGCAGUCCCAGGCCUAAAAGGCAUCCGUGCCCUUAGGGCGCGGGUGCUGCAGCACCACGCAGUUCCCCUUCCUCCCGAUUGAGUUGGCCCAUCUACGAAGGAUAAGGUGGUCCACCAAACCCAGAGAACACAAAGCCCCCACUGACCUCUGAUUAUCUACUGGAAUUUUUAUUUAU